CAUGGCCCAUGACAACCCACGUUUCCAGGCUGAGCCAGAGGAGCCAGAUAACAAGGAGGAAGGGGCAAACUCUGAGGCCAGUUCCCUAGACUGCGUCAUCUGCUUCACCCGCUACGACCGGAUCUUCAAAGUGCCCAAGAAACUGAGUUGCAGCCACAUCUUCUGCCUGGAGUGCCUGGCGAGGAUCAAUGUCUCCUCCGAGGAUGUGAACACCAUCACCUGCCCUGUCUGCCGGGCACCUACCAACCUGCCUUCCCGCAAGGGGCUGCCAGGCCUUCCCACGCACAGUGACCUUCUGGAGCAACUCUCAGCCAUGCCGGCCCCCACAGGUUCGGUGCGCUUUGACCGUCGUCGGGGUUUGCUGUACCUGCCUGGGGGGCGCACGGGUGUCCUGGGUGCCACUAAAGUCAGGGCCAAGUCAGAGACUCCCCUCAACACUGUCAGCCUGAGCAUUGAUGUUGGGAGGCCAGCCCCACAAGGACCAGGACGGAUGUUCACACUCUCUGGCUGGCCCUUCUAUGUAGCCCUGGCAAUUGCCCUACUGGUUACCAUUGGCUUAAUUAUCUGUGGCAUCUACAUCUUUCUGUUACCGUCCAUGUAUACUGUUCCGUUGAUGGGGCAGCAACAAGGAAACCUCACACAAGGGUAUAAUGGUUAUGGAAGAAACCACAAUUACUCCUGGAUGAACUUCUCUCCACCAGUGGUCUAAAUCCUGCCGUCUUCAGUGUGACUAUACUAACUGCAGUCUCUGUUUGCAGAGAACAGACAGGGUGGGAGCAAUCAAACCUACAUGGGCCUGGCUGAAUUAGCUGUAUUUGUGAAGGCACUUGAACUGACAACUUGGGAGUUGGUGUAUGACCUACUGCAGAAAGAUCUCAUGGGGGUCCAGGGAGAGAUCAUAUAGUUUGGAUAGUGUAACAUGGAUUACCACCUUAAUUGCCAGAUUGAACUAGAAUGUUGAGGUGAUAGUCGUUUUCCAGCUUCUUGAGGCACACAUGAGGGAGGGAUUCUAAGCCCACUGACUCAUGCGUAGAGGGGAGAGAGUCCCUUGAGCUUCAUGGAUAUGAACAAGGGUGGGAAUGUAGGCAUGGUGUUGUAUUGUGUGCUUUUAACUCCCAGGUUAGUACAAGACUAACCCUACCUCCUGACACCCCUACCUCCUCCUGGUACUAUAUUUACAACUCUCAAUAAGGUUUUCUUCUUGACUCUUGGCUUUUAAGAGCAGCAUGUCAGGCCAAAAUUCAAGCAGUUAAAGAUUUAUCUAGUGCGGAGAUGGAGUAAAAGGGGGAAGGUCUCGUCUGUCAAAACUGUUACGUGUCUUGCGCCAGUUAAUAGCAUGGGCAUCCUGCCAGGAGGGGAAAGAUGGCAGUCUGGUGCAUCAAUAAUGACAAUCUGGCUUGGAUUUCAGAAUUUCAAACACAGAAUCAUUCCUACUGUUUAGGUUGGUGACUGGCCAGAAAAAAAAAAACUGGCCCGGCCUGCUCUUGUGCCAGUAAGAGCAGCCUGAUCCGAAGAUAUAAUCAGCCUGCAGCUAUCAUUGGCUACUCCCUGCUGAAGGUACAACUACAAGGUUGGAAAAUCUUAUUUUGCAUUUUGCACAGACCCCCCCCCCCCCAGAUUUAAACCCACACACCCCAAUUCUGAUGGGUAAAUUCCAAUUCCAAUCUUGUCUCUUCGAUGGCAACAUUGCUUAGUUGUGCUACUGGUCCCAAAUGACUAGCCCCUCCUCUGUUGUAAAGCCACCUCUGCCACUGCCCCGCACGGAAUUCAAUCCUGGAUGCAAAAUUCACAUCUAGCUAUGUGGAACUUUCGAUGUACGGAAGAACAGAGGGGUGGGGGGCUUAGAGGAAGGGGUACCACAUUGCCUCCUAAAAAUCUGCUUCCUGAGCCUUGCAAAACAUUUUUCACGUUUCCUCCCCAUGCAAUCAUGUACUUUUUGAGAGUGAAAUCUAAUGCAAGCCUAGCCAUGCAGACCCUGCCAUAGGUCUGCUGUGGGCCUGAGAAACUACUGGUUGCUUGAACAUUUCUUCAGACUUGAAGGCCAUGGGCAGGACAACUGAAACUUGAUACUUGGAGUGCUUGCCAAUAAAGGAGAUUUAUUUGGUGA